GACGCCCCCGCACACGCAGACGCACGGAGCUCGGCGCGGCCCCCGUCACACACACACGGGAGCACACGCAGACACGCGCACCCUCGCGCGCGCACCCUCCCGCCCGCAGCCCGAGCCCGAGCCCGAGCCCGAGCCCGAGCCCGAGCCCGCAGCCCGCUCUGGCCGGAGUGAGAGAGAAAAGCACGCAGCCGAUGACUCCGAGGGAGGGAUCCUGGACAUGUGCUGUAGCGAGAGGCUGCCGGCUCUUUCUGACGAGGGUAGGUGAAUGUUGCUUUGCUAAUCGACGGUGACGGCUGGAAGUGGAGCCGCGCGGACCGAUCCCACACUGAGACGGAGCCGCGGGUCGCCGGGGCCCCAGUCACCGGGCGCCUGUCCGUCCGCCUUCCGCAGCUCUGCCCCAGCCGGUGGUGAUGGCGACGCUGGACCAGGCCGAAGGGCUCGAAGGGCUCGUGGACCCGCAGCGGGAGAUGCCGCCGCCCCCGCCGCCCUCACCGCCACCCCGAGGCGCCGGCAGCCACCCCCUCAGCGGCAGGGGCAGGAGCGGCCUGUGCCUGUUGGCUGCCUCUCAGCUCCUGCUUGCCUGCGGGGUCCUCUGGCUCAGCGGCUACGGCCCCAUCUGGUCACAGAAUGCCACAGACCUCCUCUCCUCCUCGCUCACACUCCUGGGACAGCUGGGACCCAUGGCCCGGCUGGGCGCUGGGACCUGGGAGGUCCCCAAUCUGCUGCUGGUUACUCUGUCUGUGAUCCUCAUUACCACCCUGGUGUGGCACCUCCUGAGGGCUCCCCCAGAGCCAUCCACCCCACUGCCCCCUGAGGAUAGGCGCCAGUCAGUGAGCCGUCAACCCUCCUUCACCUACUCAGAGUGGAUGGAAGAGAAGGUCGAGGAUGACUUCCUGGACCUGGACCCUGUCCCUGAGACUCCUGUGUUUGACUGCGUGAUGGACAUCAAGCCUGAGGCUGACCCUGCCUCACUGACCGUCAAGUCCAUGGGUCUACAGGAAAGGAGGGGCUCCAACGUCUCCCUGACCCUGGACAUGUGCACACCAGGCUGCGGUGAGGAGGGCUUUGGCUACCUCAUGUCCCCACGUGAGGAGUCGGCCCGCGAGUACCUGCUCAGCGCCUCCCGGGUCCUGCAGGCCGAGGAGCUUCACGAGAAGGCCCUGGACCCCUUCCUGCUGCAGGCAGAGUUCUUUGAAAUCCCCAUGAACUUUGUGGAUCCGAAGGAGUAUGACAUCCCCGGGCUGGUGCGCAAGAACCGGUACAAAACCAUCCUGCCCAACCCCCACAGCAGAGUGUGUCUGACCUCACCAGACCCUGACGACCCUCUGAGUUCCUACAUCAACGCCAACUACAUCCGGGGCUAUGGUGGGGAGGAGAAGGUGUACAUCGCCACUCAGGGACCCAUCGUCAGCACGGUCGGUGACUUCUGGCGCAUGGUGUGGCAGGAGCACACGCCCAUCAUCGUCAUGAUCACCAACAUCGAGGAGAUGAACGAGAAGUGCACCGAGUAUUGGCCGGAGGAGCAGGUGGUGUACGACGGUGUGGAGAUCAUCGUGCAGAAGGUCAUUCAUACUGAGGAUUACCGGCUGCGAGUCAUCUCCCUCAGGAACGGGACCGAAGAGCGAGGCCUGAAGCAUUACUGGUUCACAUCCUGGCCUGACCAGAAGACCCCAGACCGGGCUCCCCCACUCCUGCACCUGGUCCGGGAGGUGGAGGAGGCAGCCCAGCAGGAGGGGCCGCGCUGUGCCCCCAUCAUCGUCCACUGCAGUGCAGGGAUUGGCAGGACAGGCUGCUUCAUUGCCACCAGCAUCUGCUGCCAGCAGCUGCGGCAUGAGGGAGUGGUGGACAUCCUUAAGACCACGUGCCAGCUCCGUCAGGACAGGGGCGGCAUGAUCCAGACGUGCGAGCAAUACCAGUUUGUGCACCAUGUCAUGAGCCUCUACGAGAAGCAGCUGUCCCGCCCGUCCCCAGAGUGACUGCACUCCUGCCCUGGGGUCCUCUGGGCACCACCCAGCCUGAGUCGGGGCCCUCACCCUGGCCACAAGCAGAGCCCUGCCUCGGGUCCUGGCCUGCCCCUCUCCCUGACCCUCCUGCUUCCUCCUCUUCGGUCUGCACCCUCCCUCCUCCCUUCCCUCCUCCGUCAGCCUUGGCCUGGCCCCUGCUCCCCAAUAUAGCUCUUCCUACUGUACAUACUGGGGAGUGGGGCGGGGUGGGGGAGUGAUGUGCCAGGCCAGGCCUGGGGCCCCAGGGCCUGACCCAUGCCACGCAGACCUGGGGCCUCAGUUUUUAACGACGGUUCCAUUGCUACUUGAUCCAAAACGUUUCUGUGUCGCACUCCAAAUGUCCUGCCGCAGCGUGUCUGUCCGUCCAUCCAUCUCUGCUGUCUGUACCGGACACUGUGUCUCCUCGGCCCGGGGAAAGGGGUAAUGAGCUCCAGCCCCAAAGCAGCCCGGCAGAGGUGCCUGCCUCUGGCCCCCACCCCCACGUCCCACCUGGCAGGUGGCAUUUUGGUUAUUGGGACCAGGAUGGGGUGCUCCUGAGGAGUUGGCAGAGAGAUCUCAGCUAGGGGGAGAGGUCUCUGGGUUGGGAGGGAGGAGGAGUAUUAUCAGAGCAGGGGUGACCUCCUGGUGUCAGAUGCCCUCAGGAGGCAGUGACCAGCCUGUGAGGCCCUGGGGAGGAAAGGGGAGAGAGGGGCUGUGAACCCAGAGG